AUGAAGCCCCCGCUCCCUCUCCCUCUCCGUGCGUUCGCCGUGCUCCUGCUCGCGGACGUUGCUGUCGCGGAGGCCUUUGGACAUGUGGUUUACGAUCACGGCUCCACAUGCGUAGGUUACAACGCACUGCCUGCAUGUUUUGGACCACCCCUCCCAAGUGAAGGGCUGAUGGGGUACUUGAUCGAGGCCAUGCCUGCAAACGCCUGUGAUCCUAUAGAACGCCCGCCGGCAUCCUCCAACUCCUCUGAGGCUUUCAUCGCACUCAUCCGUCGGUCUGACUGCCCCUUUGGGGUCAAGGUCCUUCACGCACAGCAAGCCGGGUACCAAGCUGCCGUUGUGCACAACGUGAAUACAGAGCAUCUGGUGAACAUGGUAACUGACGACAAAGAAAUCAGGCAGCAGAUUGCGAUCCAGUCUGUCUUCACAGGGGAAUCGGCCUACAUGCACCUGAGAAGGGCUUCACGUUAUGAAAAAGGGGCUUAUGUCACCCUGGUGGCACCCAAACAGCCUCAUAACCCUUGCCAGGAUGCUGCUACGCCUUCCAUGUGGGCUACCGCUAAGCAGCACUGGCCACGCAGGCUUAAAUAUGCCGCAUACCACGUCAUUCCUUACGUCCUCCAGGAGUUUGGGUUCAUGAUCAACGUGAUCAUUUGCACCAUCCCGCUUGUGGUCUGCGCACGAUGGUGCACGAAGGGCCGGAAGAUAACCCUGUGCACCUUCAAAAGGGGAGACCGGUACGAGACGUGUGUGAUCUGCAUGGCCGAGUACGAAGAAGGAGACCAACUGAAGAUCCUCCCUUGUUCUCACGCCUAUCACUGCGCAUGUAUCGACACCUGGCUUCACACCCAGCCCAGGAAUAAAACCUGCCCCUUUUGCAAACAGCAGGUGACUGCUGAAGCUCAGGAUGUCAGUCUGCACGGAGGGAGGAACCCACAGGAGCAAGUGGGGGGACAGGAGGACCACGCGGAGGAUGGGGAAGACGAAGAUGGUCAUGACGAUGAGUAUAUUGAGGGAGAGGAAGAAGAUGACCAAAGUGUGGACACUGAGGAAGGGAAGAGCGAUUUGUUCAUUUUGGAGAGCCUCUGA